AUGACGACAAGUGUGCAUCCUAACGCACAGGCAGGCUUCGCGACUGGGACGAAUGAAUUGUAUGAUCGGGUUCGCCCCUUGUACCCAGCCGAUGGUCUUUCUUAUGUUUUCAGCCAAGUAGCCAAGAGCACCAUACCAUUGAAAAUCGUUGAGAUUGGGGCAGGGACGGGCAUGUUCACCCGUGCCUUGUUAGCUCACUCCGAAUGGUCGCCGAGCAUAGGCACUCUGCGAGCUAUCGAACCAAGUGGUGGCAUGCGUGAUUUUUGGACGAAGUCUGUCCAAGAUAAUCGCUGUACUAUUGUCAAUGGGACAUUUGACGACACCGGCGUGGAAGAUGGGGAAGCUGCAGGUUGGGUUGCGCAAGUCCAGCACUGUGUUGAGGCCCGUGUGAAUGGUAGUCCCCGAUUUCGCCUCGAUGUCUUGAGGCAGGGGUUCUCUACCCCUGAGUAUACCUCAUCAUUUCAUCCCCAAGAAGAGAAACACUGGGCUCAUCAUGGUCUUGCUACCGACCAAACUGUCACGGAUCGCGCCCUCAGUUUGAGUUACAUUGCGAUGCUCCCUUCAGAUGAAAAGGCCAAGGUAGCGGAGGGCAUCAAAGGUAUUCUUGAGCGAGGAGAUGGUAAAGUCUGGAUCAACAAGGAGCAGGGCACGUAUCAGGACCCACAUAUAGCUCACAUGAUCACCAGCCGGGACUAUGUGUAUUUCGAAAUUUGCUAUGACGACCAUUAUGACAGUGGUAUUUGGAGAGACUACACCUACGUUUGCGAUGGAUCCCGAAGUCAAAGCUCUUCGCCAGAUUAUGACUACAUUUCGUACAACCGAAAUCAGGCGCGAGGCUUUGAGAUUGAGAAGGCCGGUGGUAGGCUAUUACAAGCUUAA